AUGGCCAUGCAAGCACAGAAAAUGAGGGGUGCUUGGGGCAGGCUGUGCCUGCUUCUUUCCCUCCUCCUCCAGCUGCCGGGGUCCCAGGCCAAAUGCUACUUCCAGGCUAAAGCUCCCUGUGAGUACGAAGGGAAACAGUUCUCCAUUGGGGAAUCGUGGCUGAGCACCAACUGCCUGCUCUGCACCUGCCUGCACCCCAUUGGCGUGGGCUGCUGUGAGACCACCCAGCACCCGAUCGACUUCCCUGACUGGUGCGAGGCCCACUACGACUCACAGACCUGCCAGAUCUCGGUAGUGCAGAAGGCCAACCCCAGCCUGCCGUGCGUGAAGAGCGUGGAGCACGAGUGGGGCUCGGCCAGCACCCCCGAGCCGCUGGUGAACAAGGUGCUGGGCGCGGGGCUCAGCAGAUAG